AACCCUUGUUCAUGUGUAGCUUCCUUCUCGGAUUUAUGCAUAGUUCUUUUUCUUUUCCUUUUUUUUUUUCUCUGUUUUUGUUUCUUGAAUUGAAGUAAGGGUUAGAACUAACAAUACACAAAGUGGAUUUAUUUUUAAUUUUUUUUUUCUUAGGGCUUUCAAUUCCCAUCUUUGGUUUCAGAAGGAAAAUAUAUAUGACUUGUUUGUUGAUCAUGCAGCUGAAUUGUUCCAGCAGAAGAAAGAUCCUAUGUUUCCGUGCAUGUUUCCUAAAUAGAUAAUAAGUUGAAGAAGAAAAACAAAGCUAAAAGGAGAAAUUCCAUUUCAGACCUGACUUUUCAGAGGAUUUCAUUUUUAUUAAUAAUAUUUUUUCCAAUCCUUCAAGUAUUUACUUUAAAAAAAAGAAGAGAGAUCAGAAGUGAAAGCUUGAAAAAAAUAUUUUUCAGAAACAAUUCAGUUGUUAAAGAAGAAAGCAAAGAAAAGACGGUUAUAUACUUAUUACAGAUAAUUAAAAAAUAAAAAAGUGACAUAAUAAUCUUCAAACUGAUGAACAUAAAGGCCUAAAGGUUCUGAUUAAGAUGGGACUAAUAAUACUAUUCCGAUUCCAAGGUGUCCAGAAAGUUUUUUCUGUUUCGGUAUAGUAUCACUGAUAUAUUCUGCAACAAAACAAUAGUAAUAAAGAUUCUCCAAACCCUAUUUCACUAACUAUUCAUUAAUCACAAAUUCAUCACCAUCAAGAAAGAAAAACGACGAAAGUGAAAUUAAUUAAGAGGGUGCAACUGAAGUAGCUAGCACAAACCAGAUCCAAAUUUAAAGCUUCUUCUUACUAGAGAAUGAAGUAGUAGUUGAGAUAGAUGUGAAGAAUAUGAGAAGUUUUGAUGAUGAUUCCUUUUUUUUGCAGAGAAUCAAGAAGAAGAUGGCAUCAUCAAGCUCGUACAAUUCACCUUGCGCUGCCUGCAAAUUCUUGAGGAGGAAGUGCAUGCCAGGGUGUAUCUUUGCGCCUUAUUUUCCACCCGAAGAGCCUCAAAAGUUUGCAAACGUGCACAAGAUCUUCGGGGCAAGCAACGUUACCAAGCUCCUCAACGAGCUUCUGCCUCACCAGAGGGAGGAUGCGGUCAACUCCCUCGCUUACGAGGCAGAAGCUCGCGUUAGAGAUCCUGUUUACGGCUGCGUUGGCGCCAUAUCUUUCCUCCAAAGACAAGUGCAAAGACUUCAGAAGGAACUUGAUGCCGCCAACGCUGAUCUUCUCCGCUAUUCCUUUACUGACAUCGCUCCGACACCGGCUCUUUCUAUGCCCCCCGGACUAACCAAUGCUACUUCCCUUCAACAAAUUCCCCAAAGGUUUGGGGCAAGAUUUGAUAACGAAGGAAGUGGAUUCUAUAACAAUAAUCGCCAAUAUUCACCUAAUAUUUAUUCUUACCCAUACUCUCUUCCAUGGACCGAUACCUCUUCCAAGGAUAUCAGCGAUGGGGGCGGGUUAGGUGACGGCGAUGGAAGAGGAGGUAAUUUGUGAAUUAAGUUUGCAGUAUAAUACCCUUCCAUCAAGGGUUUAUACUUUUUGAGGCAUGGUCUAAAAUGUUUCUUAUGGUAUAAUAAUAUUUUAUAAUGUCUAUUAUGGUUAUUAUUACUCUACGUAGGCUUGGUUGUUGAAGGUUCUAGUGUUUUUUAUUCUCUUAAUAAAUUUAAUUUCGUGGGAUUUUUGUUAUUAAUUAGUUUGUUAGAGUCCUUGAUUGUAUGGUAUUGUUCAAGAAGUUGCGAGGAUCUUAGGUAGUCUUUUCGAAAUCUUUUGUGUGUGUGGCUUUCUUUAGAGCCUAAAAAUAAGUUGGUAGAACAUGCAAUAGUAGUAAUGUAUGUGGCUACUAGACCCUUUUAAUUUGUUUGUGUAUUCAGUGCAACUCUAUCUAGAUAGGCAUGUGCAAUAUCUAUGAAGCGGAGUUCACAAUAAUAUUUUCUCCUCUUUCUUUCUCUCUGUCAUUGUUUAUGAAUAAGAAUAAAAUGAGGUUAACACUACUUUGAUUA